AUCAGUUUUUCUGUUUUUCAAUAAAAAUAACGUUAUGACCAACAAUAACGACCCAAAAUGCGUUGUGAUCGAAGAGCCAGAUGAUGUUCCAGUGAAACCUCCGAAGAUAUUUGAUUUCACCGAUUGGCCGUUUGAGAUUCCAGAUAUUUUUAAGAGAAAAGAGCUCUCUUACAAUUACAAUUAUGACUUGGCAACAUCAAAAAGUUUAAUGAUUGUCAGAAUGAUAUUUAAAUGGCGUGGAUCUUUAUGGCAAGCUGUGUACAAAGAGUUGAUUGUUUGGAUAUGUGCAUACUCUUUGGUUUCAGUUAUUUAUCGAUUUGCAUUGACGAGGAGUCAGAAAGAUAUUUUCGAACGUUUUGGGGAAUAUUGUGAUGCACGAAUGGGAUACCUUCCACUCAAUUUUGUACUCGGAUUCUUCUGUAACAUAAUUAUUCGGAGAUGGUUAAAACUAUAUACAAGUCUUGGAAAUAUUGACAAUAUUGCACUAUUUGUUUCUGCAUAUGUUCGUGGAACUGAUGAUAGAGCACGACAGAUUAGAAGAAAUAUAAUAAGAUAUUGUGUCAUUUCCCAAUGCCUUGUAUUUCGUGACAUUCAUGUUGGAGUUCGUCGUCGUUUCCCGACACUUGAAGCAGUGGCUCAGGCAGGAAUCAUGUUACCUCAUGAACUUGAAAAAUUCAAUUCAAUAAAAUCAAGAUAUCAAAAGUAUUGGGUCAGCUUCAAUUGGGCUCUCGAACUAUUAAAUGUUGCAAAAACUGAGAAAAGUAUUGAUGGAGACAAUGCAAGAAAUGCUAUAGCACAGGAAAUCAGCAAGUUCAGAAGUGCUCUGACAACUGUUUCUAUGUAUGAUUGGGUACCAAUUCCAUUAAUGUACCCACAACUUGUUAAUAUGGCUGUACAUACAUACUUUUUCCUUUGCAUAUUCACAAGACAAUUCUUCAUUUCUGCUGAUGCUCACAAUAAGACUGAAGUUGAUCUUUAUAUUCCAUUUAUGACAAUCAUCGAAUUCAUUUUCUAUAUGGGAUGGUUAAAAGUUGCAAUGGAAUUACUCAAUCCAUUUGGAGAAGAUGCUGAUGAUUUUGAUUGUAAUUUACUUAUUGAUCGAAAUCUUGCAAUUGGAUUGACAUCUGUGGAUGAUGCUUACGAUCAACUUCCAGAAGUUAAACCUGAUGUAUUUACUGGAGGAUCAGUUAAACCAUUGGAUUCAGAUGAUACUAGAAGUCUUAAAUAUCACUUUGGAAGUGCAGCGCAAAUGGAAGAGAUAUCAUAUUUGAAAAAAGAAGAAAAUAAAAUGAUUGCUGCUGGCAAGAAGCCGAACAAGUUGAAGCUUUGGGUGAAAAGUGUGAGGAGAAAGAGAUUCGAAACUUCAGCUACACAACCUUCAUUCCCAAUUCCAUAACUUUUUUGUUCUCUUGAAAAAAAAUUCUUUAAAAAAAUCCAAAACUUAUUCCCAAAAACGGGUUCUAAUUUAAGAAUUUAAUCAAUAAACAAUGUUCUUGUAACAAAU